AUGACGCAGACAAGUCUUGAUCUGCGUCCCGGUGCGGCGCAAACAAAGACAUCAAUGGAGGAUCUGAACGCCCAUCAAAAUGCCCCAGUCUCAAACCCGAAUGUCGAGACAACGCAAGUCUCGCCAAGUCCUUCGUCCGAUGAUUUCGAUUCCGCCAUUGGCGAGACCAUUGUCUGCGCGCUCUUUCCUCGUAUUGAUACAGGCAACUUUACACAGAAUGACCCAACAGAACAAGACGGGCAUCGAAACACCACACCCGUAAGGAGAUCAAUAUCUUUCGACGAAGUUUUCCAAAAUGGCAAAGCCCCAGUCAAGCGAAUCAUCAUCCAGUUCGACGGAUCGUGGUUUAUUCUAUGA